AUGCUUUCGGCCCCUCUUGAUGUGCGUACUAUUAGAGCCCGUACAAAAUCUGAUUGGAAGUUCAUCCAAGGUGAAGUUGAUUACCUUGAGAUGGGCAAUAAUUGGCUGCUCUUGAAGUUUUCUAAUCCCUCUGAUGUGUCUCUUGUCUGGAACGAGCGCCCAUCGCAUGUUCAGGGUGAUUUGCUCAUAUUACAGCCUUGGAAACCCUUUUUUGAUCCUUAUCUUGAGGAGAUAAAAUGGGUUGACCUGUGGGUGCGCAUUCCCCGUCUCCCAACUGAGUUGCUUAAUUAUGAUUCUAUUGCUAACUUAUUAUCUGCUAAUGACAUUGGGGCUCUGAUCAGGCUUGAUCAAAGCUCUCUGUUGAAGAAUAAGAUUCGGUUUGCGCGUGCAUGUGUGCGUGUGAAUAUUCAAGGCCCUCUUUUGGAAUUUGCUGAAGUAUGCAGGGUUGGUGAUCUCGUGCAUGGGUAUGUCAUUUGGUAUGAAGAUUUUUCUUCUGGUUGUUCCUUUUGUGGGGAAUCUUCCCAUGAAAUUGAUAUUUGUCCUUUGUUGGUCUUCCCAAGAAAGAAAUAA